AUGCCUACAACUGGAAAUACUUUUGGGAUUACACACGUUGCUAAUCCUAUGUACAGUAGCAACCGUGAUACCGAGCAAACUCGGCGGCUAUGGAAAUACACAACUAGUUUCUUGAAUCAAAAGUACAAAAAUGCCAUAUGUAGGUUACAACUCAUGGUAACUUCACUAAAUCUCGAAGAGCUAAGAAUUAUGUGGAUCCUUUACCCCUUUCAGGCUUUAAAUUUAUUUUUUACUAAGCGAGAUUAUUUCUCAAUUGCAAUCGAGAAUUAUGCCUGGUACCUGCUGUAUUUUCUAGUCUCGGCAGUUAUCUAUGGUGUGUGUGUGUGGCCUACACUAAUGUUUACCUAUAGCCUUAUUUUUGGCCCGGGAGUGGCGAUUGUCGGGACGCUGCAUUUUUUCUUACACGUGAAUCUUUGGACAAUGCAAUGGCUACGCAGUAGGGCCGUAUCUACUAAGCGGCGACUUGCGGUUACCAUAAGCGAACUUGAGAGUUUCCCAGCGUUGCUACAGACUGUAUCAAGUAAUCAAUUUUCAAGUAAUAGUAUACAUUAUGAGGACCUUAGUCAUUUUGGAUUUUGGGUUAAUGACAUACCGUGGCAGGUCGGGAAAUACGUUCUUGUGACCAGUUGGGGGUUAUUUAAAUGUGCGAUCGCUUUCAUUCCCAUUGUUGGGGUAGUACUGGUGGUUCUUAUAGAGGCACCGACGACCGGGUGGUUAUAUUUUGAUUCCAUGAGACCAGGGGUGGGAUUUUACGAAGAUUUUGCAAAGUAUACUGCCUUUGGCGUGUCCAGCGCGCUUUUGGAUCUUAUCCCCGCUCUAUCUGGUCUAACUUUCACAACCAAUAUGAUUGCGUCAGCAAUCAUGGUGAAGGACGAAAACUGA